UUUUAAAUUAAAGCCUCACUUGAGCUUCUCUCUUUUUGGUCCUAAAGAACUGCCUCUGCCUCGCUUUAUGAUGUCAAAGAACGAUGGCGAGAUGCGAUUUGGGAACCCGGCUGAGCUGCAUGGAACUAAGGUUCAGAUUCCAUAUUUAACCGCGGAUAAAAAUUCCUUCAAAAGAAUGGACGAUGAGGAUAAACAGCAGGAAGCACAGUCUCCCACGAUGUCACCCCUCGCCUCCCCUCCUUCUUCCCCGCCUCAUUAUCAGAGGGUGCCCUUGAGCCAUGGCUACAGCAAACUGCGGAGCAGCACAGAACAGAUGCAUCCAG